AUCCGAGCUUCCCAGCUUCCUCAGCCGACUUUCUUCCUCUUCUCCUCUGCCUUUCCUCCCCGUUGAGUAUCGCGUCGACGCCGACACCUACAGACCACGACCGGUCACCGCAGCCGACCUUCGUCUCUGCCCAAGCUGUUCUCGACGCCGAGUUCUCCUUCCACGAGCUUGCGCCGACCUCCCCUGCAGCUGAUCCUUCUUCUUCUCCACCAUCGGCAAACCCUCUGUUUUCUCCUCUGCCAUAGCGCCACUGCCGAUCACCGCGGAUCCACAAUUGGUCAUCGCCAUCUUGAAGCCGGCUCUAUCUUGAUCGCGUGAGGCCAACUAGGCGUUGCCGCAAUCGCCUCUCUGAUCCAUCGGUUUCACGCCUCUGCGUCGCCUGCUCCUCUCCUUGUCAUCAUCGACGGCCACCCAACUUUGCUCUGGCAGCCGACCAUUGUUGGCCACCGUGGACCAUCAUCUAGUUCACCGCCGGCAGCCCCUCCCUAUUCUGAUCAUCCACGCUUGUUGCUGGAAUCUCGCUGUGAGAAGAUAGUCGACCACUCCUGCUCACUAUCAUUGCUGUUGUGUACCACUACUAGGGAUCCAUCGUUGGAGAGGCAAGGGCCGAAUAGGGACUUUGAUUUGAGACGAGCAUCUCGACGUAGGAUUUCUAGAUUCGAUUUUCUAUUGAGUGAUCUAAAUCAUAGUGAAGAGCAGGCGACAAAUUUGGUGACCUACUGAUGGCGACUAAGGAUCCUGCUCCUUUUAACGUGAGGUUCUCCAGAUUUCUUCAAGAAUUUGGCUGGGAUUUAAUUCUUGGAUCCAUUGCUACUCUUUACUUGAUUAUGGUGCCCUACACGAAGGUUGAAGAGAGCUUCAAUGUCCAGGCAAUGCAUGAUUUUCUUCAUCACCAUCAUCAUAUACCGAAGUAUGAUCAUUUGGAGUUCCCUGGUGCUGUACCACGUACUUUUAUUGGUGCCCUGAUUGUGUCGGUUUUAGCAUCACCAGUGGUGGUCCUGAUGCAUUCCAUUCAUCUGUCAAAAGCAUAUGGUCUGUUAGCAGUUCGCUUCAUGUUGGGCUUCAUUGUUCUGUUAGCUCUGCGCCUUUUUCGAAUACAGGUGAGGAAGAAAUUUGGAUAUCAUGUUGAGGGAUUCUUUGCCGCAUUAACAGCUAUACAAUUCCACUUGUUAUUCUACUCUACACGCCCUCUUCCUAACAUACUAUCCUUUGGUUUAGUUAACUUGGCAUAUUCUUUCUGGUUUGAAGGAAACCCACGUGCUACACUCCAGUAUCUGACUUGUGCAACAGUAAUAUUUAGAUGCGAUACUGUUCUGCUCUUUGGGCCGAUUGGAAUUGAACUUUUGCUGAACAAAUCCAUCUCCAUUUUCGAGGCAAUUAAGUGUUGCAUAUUGACAGCCUUUUUAAGCAUAGGGGGCACUGUACUGCUUGAUUCAAUCAUGUGGCAAAGAAUUUUGUGGCCAGAGCUGGAGGUUUUUUGGUUUAAUACUAUCCUAAACCGAAGUUCAGAAUGGGGUACUCAAUCAUUUCAUUGGUAUUUCACUUCAGCACUUCCUCGUUCUCUGCUUGUAGCAUAUCCUCUUUGUUUGGUAGGAAUGCUGCUUGACCGGAGGAUUUUGCCUUACAUAAUUCCUGUCUUCUCGUUUAUUUUACUUUACUCAAAACUUCCACACAAGGAGCUUCGUUUUAUAAUUGGUGCCAUUCCCAUAUUCAAUGUAUCUGCAGCAAUUACAGCAAGCAGAGUGUAUAUCAAUAGGAAGAAGGAUGGCUGGAGGUGGCUAUACAUAAUAUUAUUUGGAUCUUUACUCAUCAGUCUAGGAUGUUCUUUCAUGAUGUUCCUUGCAUCCUAUAACAACUACCCUGGUGCUUAUGCUUUGAAGGCUCUGCAUCAAUCAGACAUAUCUGAUGAAACGAAAGAAAAGUUUGUUCACAUUGAUGCCUUCACAGCCAUGAAUGGUGUUUCUCGCUUUUGGGAAAAUGAAUAUCCAUGGAGAUACUCUAAAGAGGAAGGAAUUUCUUUGGAUGAAUAUGGUGGCAGAAAUUUCACCUACUUGUUGAACGAGCAUUUUCACAUUGAUGGAUACAAGUGCUUGAUUAGUGUAAGUGGAUUUUCCAAAGUUCAUUGUCGGGUCGGCUUUCCACCAUUUCUCUUGUUGAAGGAGCCCAAAAUAUUUGUUCAUGGAAACAUGAGAGAUCAGGAAAUCCAUCUAUUUAAUUGGCCAGGUUGCUCCUGAUUCCACCUUGCUAACAUCAACAAGAACAGGCAAAAUACUGCUGCUCUGUUUUGCCAAUAGGAUUUUCACUUUGUUGAAUUGAGAUUAUUAAGCCAAUUGAGUUUAAGUUAUGAGCCAUAGAGUCAUUGUAGUCGUAAAACUAUUUUGAUCGUCUACUAAGAUGGCCAUAAUUGUUGGGUGUUUCAUGUUUGAAUACAAAAUGAAACUAUCUGACAAGAGGUAACGCAUAACUAUUUAAUUGUGGAUCAUUUGUAGCUGAUGUACUCUUGUUAUUGAUUAAUAUUUUUUUUUUUUU